CAAUCCGGGCCGGGACCCGGCCGGGGCGUCCCCCUCCCCCCAUGGAGAGAGCCAGGCCGGAGCCGCCGCCUCAGCCGCGCCAACUGACGCGGGCGACCCCGCGGCGCCCGCUGCGCCCCGCUCCGCCCCCGCUGCCUGUCGAGGGCGCCUCCCUUCGGGCAGCGGCCGCGGAGCCCUCUGCGUCGCCGCCCACCCCGUGCGCGGCCGCCAUUGUGACCGUAGCCUCGUCGUGCGGGGAGGCUACGGCGUCGGGCGUACAGCCCGCGGCACGGCGGGUGCUGCAGGUGAACCCGGAGCAGGUGUUACUGCUGCCGCCUGGGCCACCACUGUCUCAGGCCCGGGAGGAAGAGGCAGCCGCCUCUCCCGCGCAGGCGCGGCUGCUGCAGCUGAGGCCGGAGCUACUACUGCUUCCGCCGCCGCCGCCCUCAUCCGAGGGCGUCCCCUGCAGGCCUCAGUUGCACCCGGUGCAGCCCUGGCAGCUGCAUGUUAAGGCAGAGAAGCAGGAGCCGGACCCCAGCUUGGAUCCGUCAGUGGGACCUCGGAGGGCCGUCAAGGCGGGCCCUAAGGCCUCCAGGGCGGCGAAGGCGGGAGGCCCCGGGCCGGCCCUCGACAGCCCCCGAGGGGACGAGAAGGGCAAGUUGGAGGAGGAGGAGGUCAUGAGCUACACGGCGAAAGGCGGUGAAGGCAAAAGCCUGCCGGCCAUCAGAGAAGGAGUCAUCAAAACGGAGGAGCCUGAGAGACUCCGCGAGGACUACAGGGUCGGCACAGAGCCUGCGUCCAGUGGCCUGAUCCAUGGCAGCAAGGAUGUCACCCUGACCCAGCCGUCCAGUGCCUUUGGGCCGCACCAGCAAGACCUCAGGAUCCCUUUGACUCUUCACACCGUGCCCCCUGGGGCCCUGAUCCAGUUUCAGGGACCUCCACCUUCAGAGCUGAUACGAUUGACCAAGGUCCCCUUGACACCAGUGCCUAUUAAAAUGCAGUCCUUACUGGAGCCUUCUGUAAAAAUUGAAACCAAAGAUGUCCCGCUCACCGUACUUCCCUCAGAUGCAGGAAUACCAGAUACUCCCUUCAGUAAGGACAGAAAUGGUCAUGUGAAGCGACCCAUGAAUGCAUUUAUGGUUUGGGCAAGGAUCCACCGGCCAGCACUAGCCAAAGCUAACCCAGCAGCCAACAAUGCAGAAAUCAGUGUCCAGCUCGGGUUAGAGUGGAACAAACUUAGUGAAGAACAAAAGAAACCCUAUUAUGAUGAAGCACAAAAGAUUAAAGAAAAGCACAGAGAGGAAUUUCCUGGUUGGGUUUAUCAGCCUCGUCCAGGGAAGCGAAAACGCUUCCCUCUAAGCGUUUCCAAUGUACUUUCUGGUACCACACAGAAUAUCAUCUCUACAAAUCCAACAACAAUUUAUCCUUGUUGCUCACCUACCUACUCUGUGGUAAUUCCCAGCCUACAGAACACCAUCACUCAUUCCGUUGGUGAAGCUCUACCUGCCAUCCAGCUGCCCCCACCUGCAGUCCAGUGCCCAAGCCCCAUCACACUUUUCCAGCCGAGCAUCUCCAGUACUGCCCAGGUGGCUGUCCAGGCUCCAAGUUUGCCCCUCUGUCCACCACUCCCACCCCAGUGCUUUGCUGGGCCCUCCCAAAUGGACACUCAUCAGCUGCAUUCUGGAGCUAGUUGUUCUGUGAAGAGACCUACUCCUGUCUCUCUGGAGAGCACCAGCAGGAUUCCAACUAGUGCAAAUACUGCCCACGCCAGAUUUGCAGCUUCUACCAUCCAACCUCCCAAGGAGUAUCCCAGCCUCUCCACUUGUCCCAGAAGUGCUCCAAUCCCCCAAGCUCCUCCUAUUCCACACUCACAUGUCUGCCAGCCCCCUCCCCUUGGCCAUGCAGCCACAUUGUUUGGGACCCCACCGCGAUUCUCUUUUCAUCACCCUUACUUCCUACCUGGACCUCACUACUUCCCAUCAAGCACGUGCCCAUAUAGUCGGCCUCCUUUUGGCUAUGGAAAUUUUCCAAGUUCAGUGCCAGAAUGCCUUGGUUAUUAUGAAGACAGAUACCAAAAACAUGAGACUAUGUUUUCAGCUUUAAAUCGAGACUAUCCUUUUAGAGACUACCCAGAUGAACGUGCUCACGGCGAAGAUUCUUGGAGUUGUGAGAGCAUGGAUGGAACCUCUUACUGUAACAGUUAUAGCCACCGUGGGGAAGAAUACUUAAAUCCCGUGCCUCAGCUGGACCCUGGAGCCUUGGAAAGUGUCUUCACAGCCCCGACAUCGACUCCCUCUAACAUCCAGCAAGUCAAUGUCACUGACAGUGAUGAGGAGGAAGAAGAAAAAGUGCUCAGGAAUUUAUAAUUAUAAAACAAAUAUGCACAGAAAAUAAACAUUUCUUAAAAUAUAUUCUGGGUCACUUGAUGUGAGAAAAAAAGCCUAGAAUGCUUUGCUGAGAGUUUUUAGCCAUGAUCUGAGGAGUCAAAACCAAAUGCAAUUUAUGCCUUCAUAAAGUUUUGAUUAGUGAAACUGGAAUCCUGAUGUUUCAUCAUAGGAAUAUUUAAGAUAUGAAGUAGUUUAUUUUUAUGGCUGAAAUUUGCAUCAGCGUAUAUUAUCAUUACUUUAUCUUGGAACGUGCAAAACACUGAAUCCUCACAAUUAUAUGUGAGGGGAAAGGGGGGGGUGUAUAUU